AUGCCACACCCGGCGUGCGGCCGGGGGCGCCGGGGCUUGUUUCUAAUGACGUUCAACAGGUUGUUGUUUGUUACUAAGCAACAAACCGUCGUUCCACGGACGAAGCCGCUGCAAGUGAUCGCGACGCUCGUUUGCAUACAAGCUGUACUCGGCGCCGUUCUCGUCAUCGCCUUCUCUCCCUGGUCAUUUCCUUUUCGUGAUUCCGAAUCAGACGUGUUAUUCGCUGGUCAGGUCCUGCGCGGCGGCUGGGUCAACGAGUCAUUCCUAGUAGUAAGUCGCCUCGCUGCAUCCGCGACAAUCAAUACUCUAAAUAAUACUACUUCUAGUAGUAAUAAUAGUACCACAAAUGAGCUCCAAUUUCCCCCGUUUCGCGUCGUUGUCUGGAACAAACGUGCUCAAGACGCAGUCGUCACCGCUCAAAAGGACCUUCCCGCAAGAACGACGGCGUUCAGCAUACACGCCGCCGACUCGGCAAUAAAGAGUUUAAUUGACACGCUCCGCGCCGCGGACGCCGAAUCAUCUGCCGCAGCGGCUUCUCAACGUUCGGAAUCCCCGGGUUUGUUGAGAUCGUGGUGGGAGUGGUUGCGAGCUGCUUUCUCUCACGAUGAAGAUGAUGAAUAUUAUUUUCUUGAUAACACUGACGGGUCUGACUUGGAUGAUUGCGGCAGCGACCCGGCGAAGUCUGAGCAGAAAGAGUCUGGCGGCGGCAGCGGCGGCGGCGGCGGCGGCGGCAGCGGUGAUCAUGAUGCCGCUACUACAAAUCGCAAUGGCUCCAACGUGGGGAUAGAGACGGUACGCCGCAGGGAAGCGGAGGAAGUACGGGGAAAGGGGGGCGGCGCCUCGGAACAAGAGGAGGAGAAGACGCAACGGCAAAAGGAUGAGGGAAAAUUGGGAGGAAAGGAGGAGGAGGAGGAGAAGGGGGAGGAGGAGGAGGAGACAGGGGUGCGUCAUAUUCUCUUCAACAUCGCGUCGUCUAAUGCCAGCUUCUCGAAGCGCGUGCGCUACAUACGUGCCUGGUGGCGGCCCGAGAUCGGCGCAGCCUCCGCCUCCGCCUCCGCCUCCUCUUCCGCGUCCGCCUCCGCCGCGGAAGAGCGUCUCCGCGGCUACGUGUGGGUGGAUCACGUGGCGAAUAUCUCCAAGGCGCUCCAGUGCGGCGCGGGCGGCACGCCCCGUGUGCGCGUGAGCAGCAGCACGGAGCAUCUGAGUUACCGGGGAAAGGCGAUUCGGGAUUACGUGCGCAUGGCGCGAGUCGUGGUGGACGCGUACAGGCUCGGGGAGAAAAACGUGCGAUGGUACGUGAUGGGCGACGACGACACGUUCUUCAGCCCGCGCGCAAUCGCAGCCUUCCUCCAGCAGUACGACCAUCGCGCGCCGCUCUACCUCGGAUCCACCUCCGAGACGCACAUGCAGAACGUCGACUUCACGCGCACCAUGGCGUUUGGCGGCGCGGGAUUCGCAGUGUCCGCGGCUCUGGCGGAAGCGCUGAGCGCGGGGGAGGGCAUGGAUCCUUGUCUUGAGAGGCACGCGAAGCUGCGGGGAAGCGACGAGCGCGUCGCGGCCUGUGUCGGCGAAUUGGGGGUAUCCCUCACUCUUGCUCCGGGCUUCCACCAGUGCGACCUGCACAAAAGCCUAUUCGGGUUGCUCAUGUCGCACCCCGCUCAGCCGCUCCUCUCGCUCCAUCACUUUGACAUAGUCGACCCCAUUCUCAAGCCUCUCGGGAUUAAGAGCCGCGCGCAGGGGCUUGCCGCGCUGGCGCAGCGGAUAAGGCCGGAUCCGAUCGGGUUUGCACAGCUGGCAGUGUGUGGGGAUGGGAGCGACAGCUGUCGGAGCUGGAGUGGGCAGAGCGCACGUUUGAGUCGACUCACCCCCCCUCCCCACCCCUUCGCCCCACCUUCCACCUACUGCCUGCAUGUCUCUCCCUCUCUCCCGCAUGGUCCAUGGCAGGAGCGACAGCUAUCGGAGUUGGAGCGGGCAGAGCGCACGUUUGAGUCGUUCCGGUGGCACAAGCGCGGUCCUGCUUUCACCUUCGAUACACGCCGCAAGGAGCCCAAUGCACCUACUUACAGGCCGUGUGGCCUGCCUUUCACCCUGUAUGCCAACCACGUUGGCCCAUUGCAACAACACCCCCUCAAUGACACUCGUCACCUCAACGACACACUUCCCCACAAUGCUUCUGGUGACUUUGGUGUUGCAUCACAACCCCGGGCUGCGGGCAGCGGGAGAGGCAAAGAGCAGAUGCCUCUGGUGAGUGUGUACAACCGCAUUCCACUGGGGAAAACCGCGCCCGACCGCUCCCACUGCCCUCUUUCGAUCUCCAGAAUCACAUCAGCGUACGUUAUCAGACCAGAAGGGCCAAUGCGGAUAGAAGGUGGUAUGGAUCGGCAGCAUAGGAGUGGUAGCGGCAGGGGGGGCGGCGCGAGAGGGGGGAGCGGCGGAGGGGAGUUGAAUCUGCGCGCGACGAUGGGGGCGGCGGAGGAGGCGCAAGACAUGGCGCGAUGGGUGGGCACGGACGAUACACUCGAUAUGGAGGAGGAAGAAGACGAAUACGACCGAUUCGCGGAGGCCGUGGGAUUGGGAGGAUUCGGAGGCGGCGGCGGCGGCGGCGGCGGCGGAGAAGCUGACCUGGAGCGCGAGGUUUCUGACGAGGAAGCGGAUGAGGAUGACGUGGCGGCGGCUGCAACUGAGAACGGAGCAGGAGCAGCAGGGGGAGCAGGGGCGUCAACGCAGGGAGCAGCAGAGAAGGGCGGAAAGGACGGAGCAGCAGCAGGUGGGGAAGGCGAGCAGCAUGGCGCGGGACUGUCACCAGCGGCCUCACCCAAACCGGCAGUGAAGGGAGCAGCAGGGGCAGCAGGGGCAGGGGCAGCAGGUGCAGCAGCAGGGGAAGCAGGGGCAGAAAGUGCAGGGGGGUGGCGUGGCAGGCAGAGCUGGAACCAGGCGUUUGAUGAGCUAUUCAAGGCUGGCACAGCGAGUGGUGGUGGUGGUGCGAGCAAGGAGAGUGGCACCGCUGGGGCUGGUGCUGCUGUUGGUGUUGUGAGUGAUUUUCGCCUGGGAGAGGGGGGUUGGGGUUCAGGGCUUUGGGGGAGGGGGACCGGUGGGAGGAAGGAGGAGCAAGCGGGGCACGCGGGGAGUGUUGAGGGAGAAGGGGGAGGGGAGAGAGAUGGAAAGGGGAUUGCUGCUGCUGCUGGUGAGGAUGGUGGCGGAGGGAGUGGAAAGGUUGAUGAUACAGAUGCUGCAGGUACAGAUGCUGCAGCAGCAGCUUCAAGUGCUGUGAAUGCCAAGGAAGGAGCUGAGGAAGAUCCCAAGGGAGCAGAGGGCUUGCGGAAAGGCACAUCAAUGGACGAGGGUGCAAGAGGGAAGCAGCAAGGGGAAGCAGACAUGGUUUUAGGCAAGACUGCUGGUGGCGGCGAUGCACUGAGAGAGGCGGGUCAGACGCUGGGAGGGAGCGGUGGAGAGGGGUUGGAAGCGGUGGGUGAUGGUAUGUGUGAGGCAGGGAGGAGUAGUGUGGCUGGAGAAGCCGAGCAGGGGAUGAGUGAGGGGAGCAGGGGCUGGGAAGGGAGAGGGAGUGGAGGAAAGGCGAGCGGAGGAAAGGCAAGCGGAGGAAGGGGGAGUGGCAGGUGUGUGCCGGAUCACGUGCGCAACCCACAUAAGUACACGGCUUAUGAGGUGGACUGGUGGGCUGGCGGGUGGGGGGAAGGGGGCCCUGCAGGCGAGCGCGGGGGAGGGGCCAGUGCUGGGGGGGCGGGGGAGGUUAGGGGGGAUGGGGGGGACGGGGGGGAUGAGGAGAUGGGGGAGAUGGGGGAGUAUAGAGCAGCGCUACAGCAGGUUGUGGGUGUGAGGAAAGCGGGAGCAGGCAGGGGGGGGGGAUCUGGUGGUGGUGGUGGAGAUGUGAGGGGGGAGGGAGAGGCGGCUCCCCGCAGCCCCGCCCCCUCCACGCGGCCCGCGGAAGCGGCGCCGGUCUCGGGGGCGCUGAGGGGAGGUGCGGGAAAUGCGGAACGUGAUGCGGUUGAUGUUUAUGGGGAGUUGGGAAGGUGCGAAGCGGAGGAAAGAGGAGGCGCGGUGGUCAGGCCGCAAGGGGCGCGCGCUGCAGGGGGAAAUAAAGGGAGUUGCGGAAGCGGGAGUGCGGCGAGGAACGCGUUGGCGGAAGCAGUGGGUGGAGAAGAAACGGCCGCAGCAGCGAGAAGCUGCUGGGAAGGACUCGUGCUGGCAGAACCGAUAGCGCCUGCAGCACCCGCAGCGCUGGCAGGAGAGUCGGCGGAGGAGGAGGAAGAAGGGGAAAUGAAACGCGCGGAGACGCUGAGUGCGGGAGAGGAUGACGACGAGAGAUGCGACUCGGGUGGCGCCGGCGGCGAUGCCGACGACGCGUCUCUAUUGGACGGCGACCUGCUGGUGGAUAUUCUGUCGCCGCCAGACGACGGCCAUGGAGUUAUUCCCGCCGCGCUGCACUGCGCGCAACACUCCUCCGCCAAGUGGUGCCAUCCCCCGCUCGCCUUCCCUGUUCCCCCGCUCUCCAUCCCUCCCCUGCUGUCCCUCUCUCCCCCUCUCCCGCCACGUCCGCUCCCCUUCCGGCUACGCUCCACGCAUCCGCGCGUCCCGCCGCGCCCUCGCGCGCCUCCCCGCCCGUCUCACUCUCCGCGAGUUCCGCCAACGCGCGCGCUUCCCCGCGCGGGCUCCCUCCUUGCGCCCCCCCCUGCGCCCCUCGGCGCGCUUUUCUCUGCCUUGGCGGAGCAUCUCUCUCUGCGCGUGGCGCUCUGGCGCCGCCAACGGCUGCUUAAGGCGGCUCGGGCGCGCGAAAGCGCGGAAGUAAUCGGCGGCGCGGAAGGAAUCGGCAGAAGGGGAAGCGUGCGCGUGGACGCGCGGACGGUGCGCGCCAUCGUGCGCGCGCAGGAAGAGCUCCGCGCGGAGGUGCGCGCAUGGUGUGUGGCGGAGACCUCGGACGGAAAGGCGGAGGGCUGCGGACUCUGUUGCGGCGACGAAAGCGGGAGAAGAUGCGGUGACUGGGGAGAGGGGGAGGAAGCGGACGACGGGGAGCAAGGGGAGGAGGGGGAGGAGUGUGGGGAGGCGGUACCGGCAGAUGGGGGAAGAGACGGCGGCGCGCGGGUGUGGUUUGAAUGGAACGGACGGCAGUACUAUUUAAAGCCAUGGCAGGCAAUAGUGGGCGACGCGGACUUCCCGGAACAAUACGCGCGCAUUGUUGUUUGCCUCGAGCGCUGGCUGGACGACGCGGCGGCGGCGUAUGUGUUGGACGGCGGGGAGUGGCAGCACGUGGGGUCUCCGCGCUUCUGCGCGUGGAUCGCGCACGUGUGCCGCUUCCCCCACUGGCACAUGCCCUGUGUGGCGCGCCGAGCCUCCAGGGUAGCGGAAAUAUUCGGUGGGCCGGCAUGUGUAGCAGCAAACCUAGAAGACUAUUUUCGCCUGUAUGGUGCUGACACUGCUGCCUCCCUAGCCUCUGCCCUACCUCCACGCCACCAAUACGCUGGCAGAAGCACGGUUUCCUCUCGUGUGGAUGGACGGACGGGAGGGCAUGGUGCUGGACUGUGGGGAGUGGGGGUGGGGUGUGGAGGAGUGGAGGCAGGAGUUUGGCAACAUGCAGGGGUUUACUGA